UAUGUAGUGUGCCAGUGUGCUCCCGCACGUCGUCUGACGUUGUUGUGGAUGUCAUCUUUAUUUCUCUCGUGCAUGACUGCUCCUGACAUCGGUCUACAUUGACGCAAAGCUCAUUGUUAUCAGAAAAUGGCACAGCCUAUUACUGGCCAUGUUCCUGAGCCAACCAUGAACAUGAACAGACCUAACAAUAAUGGACAUGACAGCUACGAAAUGACCGAUGCUGAGCUUGCAGGCAUUGAGCCUACAAUAAAUGAUGGACCUGAGGCACGUUUAUCACGAUUUUUAUAUGUUGGAAAAGAAUACCCGGAUUAUCAACCUGGAUAUUGGUUUGUGCACAAUUAUUUCAUUGUCAAAAAUGUACCGUCUAUAGAAGAACUAGCUGCAACUCCAGGGAAGGAAUUGGUACCGAUUCUAUUGAUCACAAAAGCAUUUGAAAGUAAUCUUGUCCCUCACCCAGAGACUUUGGUGUUCGCCCUCGCUGUUUGCGGCAGACAAACCAUAAGCGAGAAAUUACGUCACGAAGCAUUCGCCAGUGUACAAAAGAUCUGUACAACAACGGAGCAAUUUAUUUUGUUUGUUAGAUUUACCUCAAAACUUAAGAGAGAAAAUGAAUUGUGUUACUUAACAUUUGGAUGGGGCAAUGGUAUGAAAAAGGCCGUUAACAAUUGGUACUUGUCUAAGGAGCCAUUGGCCUUGGCAAAAUGCGUUACGAAAUAUAGAAGUAGAUAUGGUUGGAAGCACAAAGAUAUCAUCAAGCUAUGUCAUACUGUGGGCGAUACUCCAGAGAAGGCAGUAAUAUUGAGAUACAUAGUAAAAGGUCUGAGUGAAGCCAAACAAUUUGCAUCUGAACUAGCCGAGAAUACCACUGUUGAGAUUGUAAUGAAAUAUAUAGAAAAUAUUGAGCUCUUCAAACACUGCGAGGAGGAGACUUCCGCUGCUGCUUUAUUACAAGAACUUGGGUUGUCAUUGGAACAUGUACCUGGACACUUGUUAAAAUGCAAGAAGAUUUGGAUCGAAUUGAUAUCGAUGAUGGACAUGGUUAUGCUUCUGAAUAACUUGCAAAGAAUUAACAAUCUCCGCCUGCUGAAGCCGAAUGUAGCAGCGGAAAAAGUAAUAGAGCUGCUGCGUAAUGAAGAACUUAUAGCACGCGACAAGGUUCACCCGGUGGAGAUUCUCAUCGCUCUCAUAAAUUACCAGAACUGCGGAAAACCUUUAUCCUUUGAGAAACGAAGGAUUCGGGAAGCAGCCAAAAAGCCCCACCAAUUGCCGUUCGAGCCAAACCAGGACGUGAUCUCUGCUCUAAACACGGCGUUCUACGCAUCAUUCUCUCACCUGCAACGCACGGAUCUGCGUUACUUGGUGACAAUCAGUUCGAACAAAAAGACGGUAGAAGGACGCGCUUGGCAGUGCGGUAACAUGCGGGGCGUUGAGGUAGGUUGUUUCAUCGCGAUGACGCUUGUACGCCAGGAGAGCGACGUCACCGUAGCGACGUUCAAAGACAACGAAAUUCACGUGGUCGACGUCGGCAACGAGGAAACUUAUGAGCAAGUUGUGAGGAAAUUACGAGAAAUUUCCACUGCGAAUAUUAAACUCAGCAAGCCGCUGUUGUGGGCUAUGAAAAUGAAGAAAGAGUACGACGUUUUUAUCAACAUAGUAGAUCAGGUGUACGAAAAACAUGACAGAUCUCAGGAAAGCUUAUCAUUGUACAGAAAUAUGAUGCAACUUCCGGACGCAAAACUGAUCAAUUGUGCCGUAUGCUCUUCCGCGACGUAUCGUAAAACACAGUACGACAAGAAUGUCCUGAUAAUCAACGGUUUUGAUGCUACUGUACCUAAACUCAUCCAAGCGUUCGUCCAGUCUUUAUUUUAAAUAGGAAUGGAAAUUACAAUUUUAUUGGUGAAAUUUCCUGAAACAUCAAGAAACUUCAAGAGCUCUCGGUUGAAUUGCUUUUUUUCUCUUCAAGCGAUUAUCUCGACGUGAAGAUGAAACAGCGUGUGGCAACUUUCGAAGCUAAUAGCGAGGUUACAGAUUUUCCCUCCAAAAUCGAGUUCGAUCGACGAGUAAACGAUGAGCCGGGUGUAAGUGAAGGCGGUAUGGAGAGUCGUAGGGAGGAAGAUUCUUUCGCAGAUUACUUAAAAUAGUGCCGAAAUUUUUAGUAUGUAAACUCUCUUUUUACCAAUUCCAAAUGUUCGACUUGUUCGCAUAUCCAUGACUGAGUCAAAUUAUUUAAUUUCGCUAUAUAUAUGUUAAUUUGUUUAAGAUUUAACAGUACAUUUAGAACUGCAGUAUAUAAGUGAUCGGAGAUUGCUGUCGAGAAUGUAAUGAAAGCGAUCAUGUGUUAUUAUCAACCUGUAUCAGUGACACAGUAAGGUAUUCCAAAUCUUACGCACGAUUUGUUAACAGCAAAUUCCUGAAUUUAUUUAGAGAAACAAAAUCUUAAUAUGGAAAUAUCAAGAUUAAUAUAAUAUUGUAUUAAAUGUUUUAAAUCGAUUUUUGAAAGAAAUAUUUUAAAAUUAAAACCCGCUCUUGUAAAAUUUGCGAACUCAGGCACGUUACAUUGCACAAUAAUAAAGAUUGCUUUUGGAUCGUUCUAAAGCAAUUUAUUGAUUAAUUGUGCAGAGUACUAUAUAUAAUGUCGUUUUCUAAAAAUUAUUGUAAUCUCGAUAUUGUCUGGAGUUUUGCCUCCGAAUAAUUUCAAGAACUUAGUAUUAAUUGCGCGAGAUUUGGAGUACCACGUAUAUAUUUUCUAAAUUUCUAUUAGUUUUAGAAAAAAGCUGUAUAGCAUUUUUAUUAUGUUUUUUUUUAAUUGGCAUAUCGAAAAUCAGGUAUGUUUUUAUUCCAAGUUGGAGUUUUAACACUAUUUAUAUUUCAGAUUUAUUUAUAAUUCAGAAUUUAAUCAAGAUUAAAAUAAUUCAGAUUUUAUUUUGAUUAAUAAAAAUUUUGAUGCGCAUAUUGCAUCAAUCCGGUGAUGUAAGCAAUAUAUAGAUUAAUUCACGGACCAUUUUUUAAUUAAACUAUUGCACAUGAAACUUCUUUAUAUUAACUUUUGAACAAUCGUGUAAAUAUUUAAACAACAAAAUUUCUUUUAUUUUUUAUAAGUAUUUUUUAUAGAAAAAUUUACAAGUUUUCUUAUUUAUUAAAUAAGUUUGAAACUUAUUAUAGUUUGUUGAAGAUCCAAAAGUUAUUAUAGUUGAAAAUAUUAUAUCUAUACGUAUAUUAGUUAACAUUUUUUCCAUAUUGUCAUUUAUUGCAUUUAAAGUGAGAUUUUCAUCAUACAAUUAUCUGAAGCAGUUACAUCUGAUGCUGAAAAAAUGGUUUUGCCAUUUGCGGAAAUUUAAUAAAAAAACUCCGAUGUUUCAUGUGCAAUUGCGUAAUAAUCUUGAUUUUGAAACUAGAGAAAAAGAAAAGUACAAUUCAAUAGUUCUAUGUUUCGAUAGUUCAUUAUCUGAGAUACACUACGCAGCGAAAAAUUAGAAUAAGACUGCAUAGCGGAUACGUCGGAUAAGCGUAUCUCAAGUAAACGUAUGGUGCAUUUUUUGACUAAUGAUAAAGAGAAAAUCUUACUCUAAUACAAAUUUAUAUUGCUUGCUUGUUUCUCCUGGUUAGCGGUGAUGCUUUUUCGUAAUAACGUAUAGAUAACGUGAUCUUAUUAAAAAGUGACACGCUUCUGGGACCGGUGCGCUUCUGGACGGUUAAAUAAUAAUCUAAAAUAAGCAAAAACGAAAAAAAAAAAGAAAGGAAAGCGGAAGACGGUGAACAUAGAAACGUUGAAAAUUCUCCCACUGUGAUAUGCAUUUAGCCCCAAAGAGUUAUAGACUUACAUUAGUAUAAUUUUACUGUUACUGUCUCAUAUUUGCCAUAUCCAAAGUAAACGCGAGAGACAAAUACUAAAUACAUUAUAAUACUGUGAUACGAGAUACAUUGUUGUUGUUCAAACUAGGGAAAUGCUAUUUAAGCGACAUGGCCAGAAGCGCACUGCGUUUACUAUUUGUUAAAUUAGUCUGUACGCGACUUAGCGCGUAAACCUUUCUGUUGAACGUUUUGUAUCAUAUCUGGAAAACGCAAGCUUUCGAUCCGCGGAUUAACGUCUUAUUUUCUCGUUUCGCGGAACCAUGAGACCACGAUAGCAAAUUUAUCUUUACGCAUACAUACACAUGCAUACUGCUAAAAAGUACAGCGUGGAUGAACUCUCAGGACUUUGAAACAAAUUUGAGCGAAGUGCUUAACUUAACUGUUCACCUGUUCUUUGCGGCUGUUCGUUGUGGUAAUUCGUGGAUCGAAAGUUAUUAUCGCAAAUUCUACUUCGAUAGAUGGUGUUCUGAAAAGAGUAAUAUAAGUAAACUAUUCUUUAAACAAUCUAUACUCUAAUCUAUAUACUUCUAAUGAAAAUAAAGUCGAGCUAGUUAAUACAAAAAAAACUAAAGCCAAUUUUUACGGCAAAUUACAGAGCGACAAGAAUUAAAUUUUUUAUUAUUCAUUGUUAAAACAGUUUUAUUGAAUAAAUUUAAUAAAUAUUCAAGAGGGUUGAUCAGCGAUGAAUUAAAUUUCCUUAAAGAUAAAUGAAACCAGAAUACUCGAUAUUUAUUAAAAAGGAUACAGGAAAUUGAUAUAUCCUAAAAUUGAUAUUCCCUACGCAGGCAUCGUGCUUUAUAAAAGAGGUAAUACAGCGUUUUAUCGGCAUAAAUUAUUCUUAAGGAUUAUAAACUUCUCGAACAAAAAUUUAUACGUACAAUUACACACGUACACACAUACACACGGACACACAAGUCGCGGUUGCGCGUGCAUAACGCCUUACAAAGAUUUUUGUAUAAAUUAUAAUUUAGGCAGGUAAAAUGAGAUAUCUGUUUAGACUGGAUUAUUUCUAAUUAUACGCGACACAUUUCGACACGUGCAUUGCGCAUAUAGAAAUUAUUUAUAUACUCAUUGCACACAUUGGCGUCUAAAUUGUUCGAUGUUAGAUAAAAUUCUAGUGCAACAUUUUUUACGAGAAAAAUUUUCGAUUCAAGGAUAAAACUUUUUUUGAGAAAGGAAAUGUCUAGUUACUAAGUAACAGUUUAAGUAUAUAUACACAUAUAAAAUUAUAGCAUAUAUGUAUAUAUAUGCUACAAUCAUAUUAGUAGCUUAAUGUAUUCGCUGGCAUUAGAAAAUAGGCAUUAUAAGUAUCUAUAUGUACGGAAGUGUAUUGCGAGCGGAGAGAAUUCGUCUGAAUUCAUCUGGUCUGAAAGUCCUUUCCUACAAAUGUUCACACACAAUUGAAUUAUCAGUUUCGACAUAAACUGAAUUGUACAAUUGUCAAUUUUAUAUAAUUUUAUGUAUUUUAUGUAUAAUAGGUUUUUUUUAUUUACAUAGUGAGUACGAAAACUAUAAUACAAUAUCAUAAUAUUAAAUAUAGCUGUCAGAUAUUAAACUGUCUGAGAUCGUUCAGGAAUACUUGAGAAACGCUCUAGAAUCAGAAUCCUUUUCGCUUGCGAUGCGCACAGGUAUAUGUAUUCAUUAAUUAUUAUAUAAGAAUACGUCCGAGGUAUGAUGUAGAUUGGUAUAUGAAAGAGAGAAGGAAAGCUUUACGAAAUAAGUACAGCUAGGAUCUGGAGGGAACCACUUCUUUAUGCUGUCGUUUCACGGUUCAUUGAGUUCAGGAUGUGCUGUAUAGCUGAAAAAAAAGAAACAAGAAGGAAGAUACACAAUAUGUUGAAAGUGUUCAUGCUAGACGAAGAAAGGAAGGAAAUACCUACCGCAUAAGGAAAUAUGGAAAAUAAAAAUUCCACAUAUAGCUAGUUAAAUGGAGAGAGGAGGAUGUAACGGGAAAUCGAGAAAUUCGUAGGACGUUUGUGGCACCAAGUGCGACAUUACGGUUCUCGGUCGCGCUACAUUCUUGCACUUCACCAAGAGGGGACAAAAAAUUAGCUUCCUUGCCGAAAACGAUCCUCCGAAGUUCCGAAUUGACUAUUGCUUUCGACCAGGAAGCGCAAACGUAUUUAUUAUUAGUACUCAUUAGUAUUUGACGCGCCACUGGGUAUAUUGGAUUAUUAUUACUGCUUCAGAGCAAGUGUCAAUUAAUCCUGAAUCUGCAUAGGAUUAAGAGCUGCAAAAGUAUUGCGUUUAUUUAGUGACAUUUUUCAAUUUAUUAAAUCACCAGUGUUACUCGUGACAACAACAUAACAAAUUUGUGUUAAUUCCAUGUACCUUCAAUUGUCAAAUAAUUGUAAUUCAAAUAAUUGGGAACAAUAUCAAUAGCAUGCAAGUCUCUCUUCCUUGGAAAUAGAAUAAUUUCGCUCAUAUGUGAUUAACUAAUCGUUAAACAACUAUUAUUUUUCAUGUUUUGAACAUUUUUUGCUGUCUUUUUAGUCAUUAUCAUAUGCAGAUUUAUGAUUAAAUAUGCAUUACGAAAUGGCGCUAUGUCUCUUAAUAUUAUAUGCACACCUGAGACAAAACUUAUAAUUCCAUAAUUAGUACAUUGUCGCUUCAACGAUCUAAUAGAAACUAGAGAAAGUGCUCAAUGCCUGUUACUCGAAGUUUUCGAAGCAAAUGCCAAAAUACGAAAAAAGGAAAGAAAUAGAACACGAAGAACGGAACAAUUAUUUAAUCCUACAUGUACAAAAACCGCAAUGAAAUACCUCGUUACUUGUUCACAAUGUAAAAUAGUAAAAGCGAAUUGUACUAACUCUGCGAGUUACGGCAAAAAUUGUUCUGGUUCGUGAUUCACGCACUGAACGCCUAUCUGUUUUGGCCUUACUUUUUUACAUAUGGGAAAUCUGUAAAGGCGUAGUGUGAACCGAUUCAUAGACAAAUAAUACCGUUCACUUACUGCUGGCCGUUUGAUGGAUUUAUGUUUGCGGACAUCCGAGAGAAUUUUGAGAUUUUUAAAGAAUACCUUGUGAUUCCUCAUAAUGCACUGUGAUCCAAAAAUUAUUAACGCGAACGUUAGAUAAAAUUGAUAUUUUUGCGGCCAGUACUCAGUUCCUUCCCAUACUGUAAAAGGGAUUAAUAUUACAAGUAAUAAGAAACUUUGGAAAAUCUCUAUAAAAAUCUUAAAAUUCUCUUGAAUGUCUACAUAUUUAUAUACUAAUCGCAGCGCUUGAAAUUAUAUCGUUGCAGAUUGAUUUCUCAGCGCUUUCGUUAAGGAUAGUAUUAUUAUGUAGAUUAUACCCGAUAUUACUCGGUAAUUUAUGAUACAUAUAUAUCGGAAUUUACAGAAAUCGAACUAAGAAAAAUUAUCACGUAUAAAUUACAGAAAUCGAACUAAAAACAAUUAUCACGUAUAAAUUGUGGAAAAAGUUUCGACCCUGCAAUUAUUUGGUAUUUUUAUUUUUUAAUACGUUGAAAGAAACUAAGAAACCUUUGGCAAUAUGCAAGAAUCUGCAAACUUUCAAAUGUCACGAUAUUUUAUAUGUAUAUUUAUUAUAAUAGAAACAAGAAUAAUAAAGUUUAGCAAAACAUAAUGUCACAAAUAUCAAUUAUUACAAAUAAUUAAUCAAUCAUCACAAAUACAUCACAAGUAUCAAUAAUUAUCUCAAAAUUAUGUUUUUGUAAUAAAAUAUUGAAUGUGAUGAUUAUUUCUUGAAAUCAAAUUUUCAUCAGUGUAUCACAAAAUUGACUUCGAUAAAACAGAAAUAAUUAGAGACGAGCAACAUCUUUUUUCCUUGUAAAUUCUUUUCAAAUCUUUUCCAAAAUUGGGAAACUUUUCCAAUGUAAUUUUUCCCUUAUACAUACACAUAUAUGUGCAUAGAAAGUAUCGGUUGCAUUGAUUUCGAUAUUUUCAUGCCAAAAUAAAUUAAUGAAACAUUUAAGUCUCAACGAUUGAAUUAUUCUGUAUAAACCAAUACAAGAAAAAGUUCCACCGAAAAGCGAAUUGUAUUAUUAGUAUUAUCAUCAUCGUUAACAAUCAUAUUCCAACAUAUAAUAGGCAAAUAAAGAUAUUAUAAGAGACUUGAUUAUAUCUAACAAUUCUGUACUAUUUUUCUGUUACAGAACUGGAUCUUUAAAUAAACUUAGUAAAAUUCA